CGAGGCGAGGCGGACCCAGGCUUCCAUGCUGCGCCGGGAGGGCUCUGCAUCCUACCAGGAGCUGAAUGAAGAUGUGGAACGAGGGACAGAAAAUUCAGCAUCUGUGGAGGCUAGGAAGGAAGAGGAGGAAGAUAUUGGCUCCGUUAUUUUACCAGAUGGUGAAUCGGGUACCAGUAGCCUUUCUGUGCCCUUCAGCAAGAGCUGCCUAAAGAAUGUAUUCGCAGUAAUUCUUCUCUUUAUCUAUCUUCUGCUUAUGGCUGUUGCUGUGUUCCUUGUCUACCAAACCAGUGUUGACUUCAGGGAAAAACUCAAGCACCCGGUGAUGUCUGUCUCAUACAAAGAGGUGUCUUUGUAUGAUGCACCUGGUAUUGCAUUUUACCCAGGCAAGGCUCAGCUGCUCAGCUGCAAGCAUCAUUACUAUGAUCAGAUUCCGCCUCUGGUAAACCCAGGUCAGCCUGGAGAAAUUGAGUGCACCACUCAGAAAAUCAACUAUGCAGAUCCUUUUACUAAUCAGACUAUGAAAUAUGCUUUGAUUGUCCAAGGCCCUCGCGAUGUGAGGAAAAGGGAACUGGUGUUCUUGCAAUUCCAUUUAAAUGAAACGGACCAGGAUUUCAGUGCAAUUGACUACCUUCUCUUCUCUUCUUUCCAGGAGUUCCUCAGCAGUCCAGAAAAAGCAAACUUCAUGAAGGAUUGUGAAAGCUCCUACUCCAGUUGGAAGUUCUCUGGUGGUUUUCGAACAUGGGUUAAAAUGUCUUUGGUGAAAACAAAAGAAGAAGAUGGCAGCGAGACUAUUGAAUUCAAACAGGAGACUAGUGUGGUUAACUACAUUGAUCAGAGACCUAAGCCAGGAAGUGACCAGCUCUUUUUUGUGGUAUUUGAAUGGAAAGAUCCUCUUAUCCAGACUGUUCAAGAUAUUGUCACUGCCAAUCCCUGGAACAUGAUUGCUCUACUAUGUGGAAUCUUCUUAGCUCUGUUCAAAGCAGCAGAUUUUGCCAAACUGAGCGUUAAGUGGAUGAUCAAAAUCCGAAAGAGACACCUGAAGAGGCAAAGUCAAGCAAUGAAUCGCAUAACCUGAAGACUAAAAACACCACCUUUAAAUGGUUUCUAGUACACUGGAUAGCAAAUAACUGGAGUAAAAUUCAGGAAGGAAUGAAAAUACAAACUAAUGGCAAUUGUGUGCAGUAUGGAAAAUAUUUGCCUUUGCUGGUGUAAUUGCAUAACAAACUGACACUUGACUGCUAGGAAGAAGCUAACUGUAGAACAAACCUAUUAAAAACAUGUUUUUUAAAAA